AUGGAGGAACAAGUAGCUCAAUUUCUUCAUAUAAUUGAGCAUAAUAUUAAGAAUCAAAGUGCCGCAUUUUUCUUUCAUCGAUCUGGGACGACGGUUAGCAAACACUUUCACAAUGUGUUGGAUGCUAUUUUAAGUCUAGAAUCAGAAUUUUUAACUCAGCCAUCAGGAGACGAGGUUCAUCCAUAUGUCUUAAACAACAAUCGGUUUUAUCCUUACUUUAAGGAUUGCUUAGGGGCCAUAGAUGGAACUCAUGUUCGUGUAAGGGUGCCGAGAACAGAUGCUCCAAGAUUUCGUGGAAGAAAAGAUUGGCCAACUCAAAAUGUGUUUGUCGCAUGUGACUUUGAAAUGAAAUUCACAUACGUUCUAGCUGGGUGGGAAGGAACAGCAUCUGAUUCUAGAAUCUUAAAAAAUGAUCUUGAUCGAGAUGAUCCGUUGGUCAUCCCCCAAGGAAAGUACUAUCUUGGCGACGCUGGAUUUAUGCUUAAAAGUACGGUUAUGACACCAUAUAGAGGCGUUCGAUAUCACCUUAAAGAAUUUACACGCAGAGGACCACAAAAUGCACGCGAGCUCUUUAACCAUAGACAUUCAUCAUUGAGAAAUGUUAUAGAAAGGACAUUCGGUGUGUUGAAGAAACGGUUUCCUAUCAUUCCAAGUGGCACUGAACCACAUUAUGGAUUGGAGACAAUGACAGACAUUAUUUUAUGUUGUUGUAUUCUACACAACUUUAUUCGUGGAGUUGAUAACGAUGACCCAUUGAUUAAUGAGGUUGAUAAUGAGUUGAAUGAAAGGGAAGAACAUAAUGUGUCGUCUUCUCAAGUUCGAGAAGAUGAUUAUAGGCUUGGUAGUACUAUUAGGGAUGCCAUAGCUGAUGAAAUGUGGCAAGAUUAUCAAAACUCAUAG